AUGCAGCCUUUAGUUCAAGCUAACCUGGUUAUUUCACAAAAUGAAGCCACUCUAGAGGCCUCCACUUGGGCAUCAUCCAAAAGCUCUGAUUCUGGGCUUGCCUCUACGUUUGCUGUAGACUCUCUGAUGGCGCCAAUGUUGACUUCUCCAUCACCACUGUAUAGUCAAGCUUCUUCAUCUUCCUUCACUCUUACCACCUCUACUUACGAUUUAAGUCUAGGACCCACAUCUACACUAUCAUAUCUAUCUUCGCCAUCGUCAUUAAUGCAGACAUCUAAAAAGUCUUCUGGAAUGGGCGCUGGCGGAACAUUGGCAGCGUUUGUUGUCGACUCGGGGGGUCUUCCAGCUUCAUUGGCUGAAGAGACUCGAGUGCCAUUUGACUUUGAACUGCCAGCCAUUGUGCGACAGCGGCGUGAUAGCCAGCAUCGACUCAAUGAACAAGCCUGUUGGGCCACAGACCUAAAGCGUUUGGCAGAAGAUCAGUCCCAUCUGACCAUUUACGGCUUUCGGCUAUCUGUUAAACGCCUAGCCUGCAUCACUCGUCUUCUUACUGGAGGUCUACUGCUCUCAUUUCCACUGGUCUUCGUUGCUGGCCUCAUGCCCCAGUUAAACACUUUUCUCACCUAUCUGCUUGAGCAGCUUGACAUACAUGUCUUCGGUGGAAGUGGUCAGUUUGGUUCAAGUUUAUGCCUAUGA